AUGAAUCCUUUUAAAUUUAAAAACUCAACCGCUGGAGCUAGCUUACAAAGCGCAGCUAACAUUACUUUAAGGCAAAUUUUAGAACCUAAUAAUGUAAAUUUACGUUCAAAAAAAACUCAUAUUGUUUGUACAUUAGGCCCAGCAUGUAAAUCUGUUGAAACACUCGUACAAUUAAUAGAUGCAGGAAUGGACAUAUGCCGUUUUAACUUUUCUCAUGGAACCCAUGAAGAUCACAAGCAAAUGUUUGAAAACGUUUUAAAAGCACAAGCCCAAAGACCAAACUGCACAUUAGGUAUGUUAUUAGAUACUAAAGGACCUGAAAUAAGAACAGGUUUAUUAAAAAAUAAAGAAGCUCACUUAAAAGAAGGAAGCAAAUUAAAGUUGGUUACUGAUUAUACAUAUGUGGGAGACGAAACUUGUAUUGCUUGCUCAUACACAAAAUUACCACAAAGUGUAAAGCCAGGAAGUAUUAUAUUAAUAGCUGAUGGAUCCGUUAGUUGCAGAGUAUUAGAAACACACGACGAUCAUGUAAUUACAGAAGUAUUAAAUAAUGCAACAAUUGGUGAGAAAAAAAAUAUGAACUUACCAAAUGUUAAGGUUGACUUACCAAUUAUAAGUGAAAAAGAUAAAGAUGAUAUACUUAAUUUCGCUAUACCAAUGGGAUGCAAUUUUAUUGCUGCAUCAUUUAUUCAAUCUGCUGAAGACGUACGUUUAAUCAGAAACUUGUUAGGCCCACGAGGAAGGCACAUUAAAAUUAUUCCAAAAAUCGAAAACAUUGAAGGUAUUAUAAAUUUUGACAAAAUUUUAGCUGAAGCCGAUGGUAUUAUGAUUGCAAGAGGAGAUCUUGGUAUGGAAAUAUCUGCAGAGAAAGUUUUCUUAGCCCAAAAACUUAUGAUAUCAAAAUGUAAUUUACAAGGAAAGCCAAUCAUUACAGCCACCCAAAUGCUUGAAUCUAUGACAAAGAACCCAAGACCCACAAGAGCAGAAGCUACCGAUGUAGCUAAUGCCGUUUUAGACGGAACAGAUUGUGUUAUGCUUUCAGGUGAAACAGCAGGUGGUAAAUUUCCAGUAGAAGCAGUUACUAUUAUGUCUAAAAUCUGUUUAGAAGCAGAAGCAUGCAUUGAUUAUAAAUUAUUAUAUCAAUCAUUAGUAAAUUCCAUUCAAACUCCAAUCAGUGUACAAGAAGCCGUAGCUAGAUCUGCAGUUGAAACAGCAGAAUCAAUUGAAGCAUCUGUAAUUAUUACAUUAACAGAAACAGGAUAUACUGCUAGAUUAAUAGCUAAAUACAAACCAAGUUGUACUAUAUUAGCUUUAAGUGCAUCUGAUUCAACAGUUAGAUGCUUAAAUGUACACAGGGGUGUUACAUGCAUUAAAGUCGGAUCAUUCCAAGGAACUGAUAACGUAUUAAGAAAUGCAAUUCAAAUUGCAAAAGAGAGAAACAUCGUUAAACCAGGAGACAGUGCCAUAUGUAUUCAUGGAAUUAAAGAAGAAGUUUCUGGAAGUACCAACUUAAUGAAAGUAAUACAAGUAGAAUAA